UCUCUCUCUACGGUAGUGAGAGAAAAAAAAGGAGAAAGAAAAGAAACCUCUCACUACCACCACAACCACCUCCAUCUUUUUCUCUCUCUCUCUCUCUCUCUAAUGUAUGCAUACAUAUGUGUAUAUAUUUUUUUUGGGGUGUUGUGAUGCACUAAGCUGAGUUGGUAUUGUUAAUGGAGAAGUACACAUGUAAGCUGUGCUCGCGCCGCUUCUCCAACGGCCGCGCCCUGGGCGGCCACAUGCGAUCCCACGUCGUCGGCGGCGGCGGAGCUCCGGCGGCGAAAACCCAGCUCUCCUCCGCCUCAUCCGCCUCCACGUCGGUGGCCGAUGACCCAGAAGAGGACGAGGAAGAGGACGAGGGGAGGUACAUCCAUGGCGGGCUCGGCUACGUCCUCCGCGAGAACCCCAGGAAGAGCUUCCGCCUCGUCGACCCCCAGUUCUCCUCCUCCUUCGCCUCCGCCGCCGCCGCCGCCGCCGCGGACGCGGGGUCGUGCUCCGUCGUGCAGGACCGCGAGAGCGACAACGAGUCACCGCGCGCCGCCGCGCCCGCCCACCACCGCCGCCGCUCCAAGCGCCCGCGCAGCCGAGCGCCGCCGCCGUUGCACGACGUGGAGCCGGCGAGCUCGGUCUCGGACGCGACGCCCGAGGAGGACGUGGCCCUCUCGCUCAUGAUGCUCUCCCGCGACUCCUGGACCAACCCCAAGUCCAAGUCCGAAACAGAGCAAAGCUUCAACCACUACUGCUGCUACUACUACUCCUCCUCCUACUACUCUUACAAGGAGGAAGAAGAAGAAGAAGAAGAAGAAGAAGGUGGAGGAGGAGGAGGAGGAGGCCUUCGCCAAUCGGACGGCGACGAUUGCGGGGAGAGGGCCCGCCGCGGGGCGUCCCGAGCCGUCCGAUCGAGGGCGGCCCCGAAGUCUCGGAGCAGGUACCAGUGCGGCACCUGCAAGAAGACCUUCCGAUCCUACCAAGCCCUCGGCGGCCACCGCGCCAGCCACAAGAAGGGCGGCGUCGCCGGCGGCCGCGGCUGCUGCUUCCCGCCGCCGCCCCCUCCGGAGCCCAAUGCCGGUGGCGCCAGGGACGCCCACGCUUGCCCCUUCUGCUCCCGCGUCUUCGCCUCCGCCCAGGCCCUCGGCGGCCACAAGCGCGCCCAUCCCGCCGCCGCCGCCGCCGCCGCGGUGCCUCCGCCUCCGCCGUCGGCCGGAAGCUUCGGCGUCAUCGACCUCAACCUCCCCGCCCCCGCCGACGACGACUUCGAGCUCUCCGCCGUCUCCGACGCCGACUUCGGCCCCUUCAAGUAAGCCGACUUUCUCGGAGCAGCUCCACCUUCCUCCGUUCCCGUUGCUCGGAACUCGGAGCAAGCCGACGCAGCAGCAGCAGCAGCAGCAGCAGCAGCCACCCGUUCGACUUAAUUAAACCUGAGCUUAAAUUCGCGGUAAGAGCUUCCGCACGAAAUUCGAUUCUAUUUUUGAUGGGUAUAAUAUUCGGAUCUGAUUAAUUAAGUUGGUGAAGUUAAUUCGAUGCCUAAUUUCUUCUGUAUUUAUUUCUCCCCAAUUAAUCCAUCUCUCUUUGAGCUCCUCCUUUAUUAUUAUUAUUAUUAUUAUUAUUAUUAUUAUUUUGUGGGUAUGUGGAGAUUAAUUUGGUUUCAGUUGCUUAAUACUGUAACAGCUGAGUAAAUGGCAAGUCGAGAAACUCAUGCCAUUUUCUUUUCUUUUCUUUUUUUUUUUCUUUUUUUAAGUCUCCAAAAACUUUUUAUUUAAAUUUAAAUUGAUUAGUAUAUUAAACUGAAUCGGUAUAAAAUUAGCUGCAUUGUUGCUAUC